AUGGCGCGGCGGGCAGCUAGGCUGCUCGUGCUGCUCGUCCCGGCGCUCUGCGUGGUGUGGGUGGCGAGCGCGGCGGUCGUCGAGCACACCUUCAAUAUCGGCGGCAUGGGCAUCUCGCGGCUCUGCACGGACAGCGUCAUAUACACGGUUAACCAGCAGGUGCCGGGACCGACCAUCGAGGUUGACGAAGGCGACACCCUCGUUGUCCACGUCGUCAACGGCUCGCCGUACCCGAUGUCCCUCCACUGGCACGGCAUCUUCCAGCUGCGGAGCGGGUGGGCCGACGGCGCCAACAUGAUCACGCAGUGCCCGAUACAGCCGUCGGGCGAGUUCACCUACGCCUUCAACGUCACCGGGCAGGAGGGCACGCUGUGGUGGCACGCGCACUCCUCGAUGCUCCGGGCCACCAUCUACGGCGCGCUCAUCAUCAAGCCCAGGGGAGGCUACCCGUUCCCGGCGCCACACGCCGAGAUCCCCAUCCUGCUAGGCGAGUGGUGGAACCGGAAUGUGGACGACGUCGAGAACGACGGGCUCUUGACCGGCCUCGGCCCGGUCAUGUCCGACGCGUUCACCAUCAACGGCUCGCCGGGCGACCAGGCCCCCUGCGGAGGCGCCGGCAUGUUCGAAGUGGAGGUGGAGUCCGGCAAGACGUACCUCCUCCGCAUCAUCAACGCUGCAGUCAAUUCCGAGCUCUUCUUCAGGGUGGCCGGCCACGCCUUCACCGUGGUCGCCGCCGACGCCAGCUACACCAACCAGCUCCCCACCGACGUCAUCGUCGUCGCGCCGGGCCAGACCGUGGACGCGCUCAUGGCCGCCGCGGCCGCGCCGGGGCGGUACUACAUGGCGGCGCGCGCGUUCGAGAGCAAGACCGUGUCCGCCCCGCCGCCGUUCGACACCACCACGGCCACCGCCGUGCUCAGGUACAAGGGUGUGCCGGGCUCCGCCCCCGCGGCCACGCCGGCGCUGCCGCCGUACACCGACGUCGUCACCGCCGCCAGGUUCUACUGGUCCCUGACCGGCCUCGUCCGGCCGAGCGACCCCGUCGUUCCCAAAACCGUCGACCACAGCCUCGUCGUCGCGUUCGGGGUGGAGCAGGCGCCGUGCGCGCCGGACCAGACCAAGUGCCAGGGGUUCUCGGUCCUGGCGUCGAUGAACAGGCACUCGUUCCGGUUCCCGGAGAAGGUGUCGCUCCUCGAGGCGCUCUUCAGGGGCGUGCCGGACGUGUACUCGGAGGACUUCCCGGGCUCGCCGGCGCCGGCGACGAAGAAGGCCACGUCGGUGAGGAAGGUGAACUUCGACGACGUGGUGGAGGUGGUGCUGCAGAACGAGGGGUACAGCCGCGCGCUCGGCACCGAGAACCACCCGAUCCACCUGCACGGGUUCAACUUCUUCGUGCUGGCGCAGGGGCUGGGGCGCUUCGACCCGAGGAUGAGGAAAGCGUUCAACCUUGUGAACCCGCAGGUGCGCAACACCGUCGCCGUGCCGGCCGGCGGCUGGGCCGUCAUCCGCUUCACGGCGAACAAUCCGGGUAUGUGGUUCAUGCACUGUCACCUGGACGCCCACCUGCCGCUGGGGCUGGCCAUGGUCUUCGAGGUGCUCAACGGGCCGGCGCCUAAUCUGCUCCCUCCACCUCCUGCGGCAGACUAUCCCAAGUGCCACUGAACAUGACCUACAGGCUCCGCCUGCUGUUGGCACUUGGCAGGUCCAUUGAAAAAACGAGAUGGCUGAUGAGUGUGCGAAAAACAGCAUGUGGGAUGUAAUAUCCGUGUAGUAGUGUCCUUCUCAUGUAUAUCUGCUUGCUUGAUUUCAUUGUGUGUUGCUUGAUAAA